CGGUCGUUGCGGUCGACGCUCGCGUGUAAAAUCGAUAGUGCGGUUAACUCGCAGCCAAUAUUUUAAUUACACAUUGAACUCUUGUCCUUUUAAUCUGCUGAACUGUGUCGUGUAGUGUGGAGGAAGUGACCAAGGAAAGGAUUGUUCAAGCAUCACUUGUUUUUCGAUACAACCACCAACAAUGCCCACCCAAGCCCGCUGUGACCGCGUGCCGCCGGCGGACGCCGCUUGGUCCUCCAUCGACCUUCGGAUGCUGCAGGAGGAUGAUCUGCCACUAGACCCGCGCGAGUGGGGGCGCGGCGAGGUGGGGCGGUGGGUGUCGCGGCGUGGGGGGCUGCCGGAGCGGUUCCCUAUGAACGGGAAGGCGCUGUGCCUCAUGAGCCGCGACAUGUUCGCCGCCCGCGUGCCGCGCACCGGCGACCUGCUGCACCAGGACUUCAGACGACGUCUCGCCAAGGCGCUGGCGCUGCAGGAGCUGAUCGACAAGCUGUCGCGAAAGUGAGGGCGGGUUGACCUGCGGCUGAUGAUGAGCAUAUCACUCCAGACUAUCACGUAGAUAAAGCCAGGAGUUCAGUAGCAGUACAGGGCAAGUUCAGGAUUCACGUUGAAAUUAGUAUUAUGAAUGUUACUGGGCCUUAAGUUUGCACAUUCAUGCAUAGAUCAAACAUAUUGUGCUUGAUUUUCAAUGAUGUAUCGAAAGGGGCUUUGACCACCGGGCUGGUUUAUUUAGGUUGGGUUGCACCAGAGGCGUGGUUAAAGUUAAAGUUAUGG